ACUCAUCAUCAAGUUAGGAAUAUUUGGGGUGGGGGCAGGACCGAGUUUGAGAAAACCUGCGGUAGGGCUCGGUACCGUCGGCAGGGUGUAAGACACUGUAGUCUACCGAGAGAGUCUGGGUAAUGAAUACAGAGGUCCAUUACGUCAUUCAGACAGGUGCUUUUUUUACUUGGUGUUUUUCAGACUAUACAGCAGCGGUCCAUUUAGCGCUUGAAGCAUAGCUUUUAUAGUUGAUGCACAUCGAUAACUUAUAUUACGCUAACAUUUAGUUAAAUAAGAUUCAGUCGCUUGAACAGAAUAACAUUUGAGCUUCUGUAAUUGGAGACUGCUGUGUAUGGACGGGACUUCCUUGUAGCAACACUGUUUAUUUGUGCGUGUUGCACAAAUAGAAGAGACAUUUUUUUGUUGUUGCACGGAGCAGAUAUAAGAAGUCUGUAUUACAGGGUGGCAUGAUGGUGUGGAGCGUAAUGCUGGGUUGCAGCUCACGAAGAGGAGGAGGCUGCUAUCUGGGAUGGCUUCUGACCUUAACCCUGACCCUGCCUCUGGCCUCCCUACAGAUGGACCACCAUGGACACCAAGGCCACCCCCUCCAUCCUCACCAGCAGGCCACCAGAGGGGCUCGCCCCAAGCUCCUGCUGCUGUCCUUCGACGGGUUCCGCUGGGACUACGUGGACCGCGUCCCCACCCCUAACUUCCAUGCCCUGAUGGAGGAAGGGUCGAUCGUUGAACAGGUUGAAAACGCCUACAUCACUAAAACCUACCCUGACCACUACACCCUGGUCACCGGGCUGCACGCCGAGACGCAUGGCAUCGUGGGUAACGAGAUGUACGACCCAGACCUUAACGCCUCCUUCUCCAUGGAGACGCCGAGCGCCUACGAGCCGCGCUGGUGGGCCGGGGCAGAGCCUCUGUGGGUGACCAAUCAGAAGCAGGGUGGGCGGAGCGGCGGGGUGAUGUGGCCGGGGUCGGACGUGGAGAUCGGAGGGGCGUACCCGUCACGCUACCUUCCGUACAACGCAUCGCUGAGCUUCGAGAGGCGCGUGGAGACGAUGGUCGCCUGGCUGAUGGGGGAGAGGCCAGGGGGAGGGGUUCGCUCUGUGCAAGGGGGUGUGGACUUUGGCGUGUUGUACUGGGAGGAGCCUGACGAGAGCGGUCACCGCCUGGGCCCAGAGAACCCUCUAAUGGACGCGGUCAUCGCUGACAUAGACGACAAGCUGGGCUUCCUCCGCAAUGAGCUGCGCAAGAACGGUCUGUACGAAAGUGUGAACCUGAUUGUGACCAGCGAUCAUGGCAUGACCCAGCUAUCCAAAGACAAGGUGAUUGAGCUGGACCAAUACUUGGACAGAGAUCUCUAUACCUGGGUGGACAAGAGCCCUGUGGUGGGGAUUCUACCUAGAGAAGGUAAGUUAGAGGAGGUGUACAGUGCGCUGGUGGAGGCCAAUCCCAACAUGGUGGUGUAUAGGAGGGAGCAGAUCCCCGAGCGUCUCCACUACCGUCACAACAACAGGAUCAUGCCCAUAAUUAUCGAGGCCAAGGAAGGCUGGACCAUCACCCAGAACAGGACCACUGGACCACACAUGUUGGGUAACCACGGCUACGACAACACCCUACCCAGCAUGCAUCCUGUCUUGGUGGCGCGUGGCCCCGCCUUCCGUCAGGACUACGUGAAGAGUUCCAUGCGUUCCGUUGACCUCUACCCUCUCAUGUGUCACAUCCUGUCCGUCCGGCCCCGCCCCAACAAUGGUUCUCUGGACCGGGUUAGGGACCUCCUCUCCGAGCCCGCACCCCCCACACGCUCCGCCCCCUUGGAGGUCAGAUACCAGCCUUCCUUCGACACCGCCCUGGGCGUGGUCCUGGGGGUUGUCAUGGUGACGGGGUUCCUGGUGGUUAUCGUCAAACAGAUGACGCUGCGACAGCUACCCAGCAGGCAGAGCGAGAUGGCCCAGCCGCUAUUACUUGAAGAACUACAGCUUUAGAGGAGAGAGGCAGAGGAGAGAGGGAGUUAUGAGGAGAGAAGAAGGGAGAGGAGAGGAAAGAGGAGAGUUGGCUCCGUACACCGGUAAAGGACAGUAGUUAACCAGGCUUCAGUGAGGAGGAGAGGAGAGGAGAGAGAGAGGAGAGGGGAGGGAGGAGAGGGGAGAGAGAGAGGAGAGAGAGGAGAGAGAGGGAAGAGAGGAGAGAGAGAGAGGGAAGAGAGGAGGGAGGAGAGAGGAGAGAGAGAGAGGGGAGAGAGGAGAGGGAAGAGAGGGGAGGAGAGGAGAGAGGAGAGGAGGAGUAAAGUGUGGCUUUGUUCUGAUGGUUAUUUUGUUGUUAAUGUCAUCAGAGAGUCACAAUAAGAACCAAUAGUACCAUGGACACCAAGCAGUGAGUAAAUCUAGUUUGUGGUUGAGUUGUUACGCUGAGCCGUACAGUGAACCAGAGGUUUUAGACCACCGACCGGGAGUUCAGUUAAUCAGGCUGUUGCUUUCAGUCUGUCAAUAGAUCCUAUACUUUAGUCCAUAUAGUUGUCGUCAUGACUACCACGUUACUGCUUUAGUCCAUAUAGUUGUCGUCAUGACUACCACGUUACUGCUUUAGUUCAUAUAGUUGUCGUCAUGACUACCACGUUAGUGCUUUAGUCCAUAUAGUUGUCGUCAUGACUACCACGUUAGUGCUUUAGUCCAUAUAGUUGUCGUCAUGACUACCACGUUACUGCUUUAGUCCAUAUAGUUGUCGUCAUGACUACCACGUUAGUGCUUUAGUCCAUAUAGUUGUCGUCAUGACUACCACGUUAGUGCUUUAGUCCAUAUAGUUGUAGUCAUGACUACCACGUUAGUGCUUUAGUCCAUAUAGUUGUCGUCAUGACUACCACGUUAGUGCUUUAGUCCAUAUAGUUGUCGUCAUGACUACCACGUUACUGCUUUAGUCCAUAUAGUUGUCGUCAUGACUACCACGUUACUGCUUUAGUCCAUAUAGUUGUCGUCAUGACUACCACGUUACUGCUUUAUUUAGUCCAUAUAGUUGUCGUCAUGACUACCACGUUAGUGCUUUAGUCCAUAUAGUUGUAGUCAUGACUACCACGUUCCUGCUUUAGUCCAUAUAGUUAUCGUCAUGACUACCACGUUAGUGCUUUAGUCCAUAUAGUUGUAGUCAUGACUACCACGUUCCUGCUUUAGUCCAUAUAGUUGUCGUCAUGACUACCACGUUAGUGCUUUAGUCCAUAUAGUUGUCGUCAUGACUACCACGUUACUGCUUUAGUCCAUAUAGUUGUCGUCAUGACUACCACGUUAGUGCUUUAGUCCAUAUAGUUGUCGUCAUGACUACCACGUUAGUGCUUUAGUCCAUAUAGUUGUCGUCAUGACUACCACGUUAGUGCUUUAGUCCAUAUAGUUGUCGUCAUGACUACCACGUUAGUGCUUUAGUCCAUAUAGUUGUCGUCAUGACUACCACGUUAGUGCUUUAGUCCAUAUAGUUGUCGUCAUGACUACCACGUUACUGCUUUAGUCCAUAUAGUUGUAGUCAUGACUACCACGUUAGUGCUUUAGUCCAUAUAGUCGUCGUCAUGACUACCACGUUACUGCUUGUUCCUGUUCAGUACUUACAGUUAUCCUCUGCUUCAUAGAUCAUCUUGCUUGUUCGUUAGGGGUUAGAGGUCAGGGUUAGGGUUAGGGUUAUCCUCUGCUUCAUAGAUCAUCUUUUGUGUUUAUGUGUGUAAUAAUGUUGUUUCAUAUAUGUUACUGUCUGUAGG